AUGUGGUCGACUGCAUCGUGGCAGGCGAGUUGGGCUUCUGAUGUGCGGUUAAGCAAUAACGUGAUUGCACCCGCUGGAGGGGAUGCUGGUGGAUCAUGCGAGCCAAGUCCUGGGGAGAGCGGACGCUGGGAAGCGGACAUCGGCUGGGCGGGAGCCGACUGUCCUAGCAUGUUCCAGGGUUCAUCCUUCCGUGACCUGGGAAGCAACAGCAUUGGGCUCCAAAAGACGGCCUUUCUGGCGCUUACUGGCAGCGCAUGGACCCAUGCUCCCACCAAAUCAGCAAAGGUGCAUCUCGAAAGGCGAACUGUAAUUGUCAGAGCCAUCAGUCUCUCCGAGGAAGGGGAGGAGCUCCUGAGGAGAGUGGGAGAGCUUAUUGCUCCCUUGGCCGACAACCAGAAGCAGCAGCAGCGCACACUCGAGGAGCAACAGCGCACACUCGGGGGCCAGCAGCGUCUUCUCGGUGGUCUUGUGGAAGAUGGGGCGCGCCAGCAGAUUACCAAGAUGCUGGGAGAAGACUAUCAAAGGCCGCUUCUGGCCAGGUCCCUACAGGAUCUGGCUCUGCUGCUGCCCGAAGAAGCUGUGCACAAGAGCAGUCAAUCCAAGCAAGUGCUGCUUGGGCCACUGGAGAAGGCAACCCUUGCCAGCACAUCUUUGGUUGAGGCAGGUGUACCGGCAAGAUUAUUGGGUAGUCUACAGGAUGGAGCCGGUCAAGUUGGAUGGUUCCGAGACGAUGGCACCGUCAAUGAUUCCAUGCUAGGAAGGUUUAUUGGCACCUGCCCUGACGCUGCGCUGAAACAAACGCUAGGGCGCCUGCGACGGGUUUUGAAGCUAGACAAGAAGGACGAUCGCAUCCAGGAGCUACUCCAAUGCGAGAGCGCUGGCAUUCUGUGCCUGGUGGCUGCGGCGUUCCCAGAGGCAUACUUGACAGGACGGCCUGGAGUAAUGCCCAGCGAUGAACUAGAAAUAGACUGUCGGGGGCGGAUCGACAUUGCGCAGAACGGUGACUUUGCUUACAUUGAUGUUGGAGAAGUCAAGACGAUGCUGGACUAUGCCACCUCGGUCCCGCAGUUAGGACUGCGUCUCGGGGCACUGAAGUGGUUCGUCUGCAACGCAUGUGGUGCAAAAGUAGAGGGAGUCCGGUUAGUGGGACGGUUGUUUGUGUCUAAACAUGGGACCAAGGAGGAAUUUGCUGACGCCUCUCAGAGAGACAGAGCAUCAGUGGAGUGGGGUUUCAGCUUAUACUUGCAUAGAGUGUAAUGCACCGGGUGCCACAAGACAGCGAGAGCCAUGAUGCAGUGGAGACACGGGACUUUCAAGCUCCUGGAACGAGCUCCCAGUCGCGGCGUGCGGGUGAUGAUUGUGCCGGAGGCGUACACGAGCAAGACCUGCGGAGCCUGCGGGUGGCUGCACCACAGUUUGGGAGGCGCGAAGGAGUUCAAGUGCAGAAGUUGUGGUGUAGAUAUAGACAGGGACCAUAAUGGUGCCCGCAACAUAUUCCUGAGAGCGAUACGAUCAGGAAUAAUCCCCGUAUGAACCUGGUGCGCCGGGGGAUGGGUCAGAGAGAUAGCUCCUAGUCUCAGAAAGAUUGAGGGACUUGGCACCAGGCUAGAAGGAGAAAUAGUACGGUGCACAGAGAUUUGAGUAACAUUGCUCAUAUUUCAACUAUCGGCUAUGAUGUGGCAUUCGUCAGCAAACCAAACACGACCGUCAAUAUACCACAUAGCGGCCCAACAUAUGUCUUCCAGUCCUUCCACCUGUCAGCAUUGAGUUUUGCAAAGCCACAAUAUACUGCCAUGACCAAGCAGACAAGGGUCAGGAUUGCAAAUACGAUAUUGAGGUACG